AUGGACUAAUAGUAAACGAGCCUAUAUUUAGGUGAAACUUGCUUAAUUCAAUUAAAUAAAAUUUUUCCUGAUAUACCAAAUUACAAUUAGUUAAGGCCUAUUGUUGUAAUGAGUCCUCUUUUCAAAUUCCUCGAGCAAAGAUUAGCAAAUCUGAGUCUAUAAGAUUAUACAUAGAUACAGAUUUAAGUAAGCAGGUUUUUGUCCAGGUAAAUGAAAAUAAGUAAAAAUAUACAAAUUAUUGAAUAUUAGGAGCAAAGAAGAGUGAAAAAUUCAAUAUUGUAUUUAUUGAUUUUUCAAAUGGCGACAACACUGUAAAAAGACCAAAACUAUGCGAAAUCUUUAAAGAUAAAAGAAUACUAAACAGAUUGAAGUUGAUUUUAUGAUA